GUGAAAACCGCAUUAGAUACCCUUUACCCCCAACACGCCUCCUUGAAAGUAUAAAAGACGACUCCAAAUCAUGAUCGCGGAGCAUUCUAGGUUUGGAUCUCGAUAGUUGAUAAUUUCUCACAUCAAAAUGAGACGUGCUAUUAUUUUGCUUUGUAUUACUGCGGUCGUCGUCGCCAGGCCCCAAUACGGAGGUGGGGAUGAAGGUGGUGGUUUCGGGGGAGGCGAUUUUGGAGGAGGAGGCGGAGGUGGUGGUGGUGGUCCACAAGGGGGUGGUGGACAGGGCGGCGGUGAUUUUGCGGGGUACGACGGUGGAAACGACGAUGGGGGAGAUGGCGGAGAUUUCGGAGCUGAUUUCGGAGGUGGUGGAGGAGGAGGAGAAGGACAGUACAGUGGAGGUGGAGGUGGAGGAGGUGAAUAUCAGGGUGAUGGGGGUGGUGGUGGUGGUCACAGCCCACAUGGUGGAGCAGGUGGAGGUGAACAAUACUACGCCGGAUCACCAGGAGGUGCAGGAGGUGGUGGUGGAUUUCAGGCAGGCAGCCCUCCCAGAUUUGGUGGAUUUGGAGGGGAAAGCAACCCAUCAGGAGGAGGACCAAGCAGUGGAUAUCAAGGAUUUGCUCCUUCUUCCGGACCAAGUAGCUCUGGAACUCGAGGGAGCAGCACUGGCUUUGGUGGUUUUGGCGACAUUUAAAUUGCUGUUUUCAUCUAGUACUUGCCAAAGUUAGUAUUGCUAACUGUCUGCCUACCCCACCUGUUCACUUUCAGAAAUUACUUAGUA